AUGGAUCCCGAACUGCUGAUCAACUCGCCAGAGUCAGAUGAAGACCUCUUAGAAAUCGGCUACCCGCCAUCCGCGGUUCAGCAGUCGGAUCUAGAGUUCGCCCUAGCUUUUUCCCUUUACCGCGACGUCAUCUGCUCAGUCUAUCCCACACGCAGAACUGAUUUAGACGAGUACCUCCUCAUAGAGCUCGACAUGGCCUUACGCUUCGGAGGCGCAGGUUUUUACACCUACCACGUCCACUUCGCUAGCCAAGCCGCCGGCCGCAUCAAGCAGUUCAACCAGGGAACAUACUGGGGCGCUCUGGACUCCGAGCUUUACUGCCGCAUCUUUACAGCACGCGCAUCCCUCUCUUGCCAAUUAUGCGGAGCCCCCUCCCACCCGGCCUCAGCAUGCUCAGUCAGCGCCCCACCACCCGAGCCACCCCGCUCACUCCCCUUUCCAUCAAGAGGCAACGCCUCAACCUUCAACCGCCUAUCACCUGCCGCACCCCCACCUCCCAUCAUCCCUAGGCCCGCAAACAAACGUUCAUCAGCCAACGCCCCCGUUUCAAAGGGCGUCGACAGACGCGGAAGGCCAAUCCUCUACCAGGGAAGCAGGAUGCGCUCAUGCCAGGAGCACCUGCCCUCACAACCCAACUACACCAGCAGAUUGACUAGCACGGCACCUCAGCACACCCGUCAAGGCAUAGCAAUACUGCCUGACACAUCUCACAUCUGCCACAACCUUCAGUCCGCUUUAACAGAACCUCACACUGUCGACACCUUACUGGCCAAAGAAGUCAAAGAAGGAUUCAUGAUAGGCCCAUUCGAUAGUCCCCCCUUUCUAGUGUUCCGCAUCAGUCCAAUAGGCAUAGCUACUCGGAAAUACUCCGGGAAAAAGAGGCUCAUAAUAGACCUGUCUUCUCCACACGGCUCAGCCAUCCCGAGCAUUAACAGCGUCAUUCCAAGCCCAGACUUUUCGAUGCAAUACGCAAACAUCGACCACGCCAUCACCCUCAUCCGCUCAGCAGGCCGCGGAGCAUGGCUCUCUAAGGCAGACAUUACCAGUGCAUUCAAGAUCUUGCCUAUUCACCCAGACUUCUGGCGUUUCUUCGGAGUGUACUGGAAGGGAGCCUAUUACUUCUCAGUACGCCUCACAUUCGGCUGCAGAAGCAGUCCCAAAAUCUUUGAUUCCCUUUCAGAAGCUCUGAGCUGGAUUUUGACAAACAACCACAGACUCCCCUAUGUGCUCCAUCUUCUUGACAACUUUCUCAUCGUCACUCCACCAUCCUCACCCCCCUGCCACGGGCUGAGCACACUCAUACAAACAUUUUCAGACCUUGGCAUCCCUCUGUCUGAAGAGAAAACCUCAGGGCCUAAAACCUCCAUUGAGUUUCUAGGCAUCACCCUGGACUCAAUGUCUUUCCAAGAUUCUCUACCCUCAGAGAAAGUACAGCGCAUCACUCUCCUCUUGUCAAACUACUUACAGGCAAACAGAUGCACGAAACGGCAGCUGUUAGCCCUCCUCGGCCACCUAAAUUAUGCCAUCCGCAUAAUACCUCAAGCAAAACCCUUCUCGUCCAACCUGCUGAACAGAGCGGCGUCAGUUCCCUCCAUCCACGAUCGACUAGUUCUGGACGACGCAUGCAAAAUGAAAAUGCACCUUUGGCAGGAUUUAUUGUCCUCGUGGAAUGGCAUCUCUUUCUUUUAUGAUGACUUCAUUACCAAACCCGAGGAUAUCCAACUCUUCACUGAUGCAGCCCCCUCCAUAGGCUUCGGCGGCUACUAUGCAGGGAGAUGGUUCUCAUCCACCUGGCCCCCAGAGUUCACAGCUCUCAAUUCACAGACGCUUUCUCCUUCAUCCGCACUUCACAAACUGUAUCAUAUCAUCAUAGCUGCCAUUCAUUGGGGGCACGAAUGGUCUAGGAAAGCCAUACUCAUCCACACCGAUAACAGCGCAGUCGUAGAGAUCCUUAACAAAGGCCGAUCUCGCUCCCUAGCCAUCAUGCAGUUCCUCCGCAGACUCACCUUAAUCUCUGCCCAACACCAGUUCAUCCUCAAAGCAGCACACAUCCCAGGUCAUGAGAACGGCAUCGCUGACUCUUUGUCUCGUUUCCAAUUUCAGAACUUGGCCCCAGAGGCAGAUCUCCAUCCCAUACCAGUCCCACCGUUUUCAGCCACCACAUUCAACUAA